AGAAGCUAAUCCAGGGAUAUUGCCGAACAAAUAAUAACUUCUUUGAAUGUUGGAAUUGUUCUGAUUAUUGGCUGACCGAAAAGCGCGCAAAAAAAAUGGCGGAAUCCAACGGCUUUCUUUCAGUCUUUCGCAAUGCAACCAGAAGAACUUUUUCUUCUUCCCAGGGUGAAUUGAAUGUUACACCUACUACCGAAGGUUCUUCACUUUCGUCUUUGGCCUGGGCUACUUCUAAUCUUUUGCAACCGGUGACUUCAACAGUACGAAGCCAGCUGUGGCAAAUUUGGUGUUCAGCAAAACCGUGGUCGGAGUUUGCCAGUUCUAAAAAGUUGAAGACACCAUCAGAUGCCGCGGACGUAAGAGAUAGAGUGUUUUCCAAUCUACGGUUCUAUCUACCCAACUACGUUUUAUUAUUUGUUGCCCUUAGUUCUUUGUCCAUCUUAUUGAGGCCUUUCAUCGUUAUUGCUGUGUUACUUAUUGCUUUCUUGUAUGCUUAUUUAUUUGUGUUGCAUUCAACCCCUAUCUCUUGGGGUCCUGUUUAUUUGAACUCGCAGUUAAAAAUGAUUGUGCUAACCGUUGUAGCUGUUUUCUUGAUAUGGAUCACCGGUGCGGUAUACGUGAUAACUUCCUGGUUAGGAGUUGCUUUUGUAAUUGCCGUCGCACACGCAGUUAUGCAUCUUCCCGCGGAUGAACCUGACUUUGAAUCAACUGUUUGAUGCUUGGCUUGCUCAGAUAAUACAACAUAUUUUUAUUUUGACUGCCAACAUAUUUGUGUUCCAAAAGAGUACUUAUGAGAUACUUUGGCUAUGCUUGGAUUGCAUCUUUUUUGUGCCUCUAUACAAACAAACAAUUCUUUCGUCCCAUCGAGAAUAUUUUCUUUCAGUUGAGAAGGGGAAGAUAUUCCGCAUUCCACUCCAGCAAAGGCCAAUCUUCAGGUAUGGUUGUUAGUGUACAACGUCUCAAAUAUUCUGCAUUGUCCCUUCUCGUUUUCGGGUCUGGGCAGUGUGGCUGGACCAGACCGUUUUUAACAGACAUGACGGACAUCAUGGCUGCCACUGCUGCCCUACCCCCAGUGUUAAGGGCGCCAGGUCUCUCAAAAAUAAGUUGUAGCUGCGGUGGAGGUGUAGGAACUCUGAAGUUUUCCAGUUUAGACUCCAUUAUAACGAAAAAACGAAUGAACGACGUCCACCGUUGGUAUGAAAUUCCCUAAUCCUUUGUUCUCCACCUUCUGUCCAACUUGAAUCUGCGCUUCUUUUAGAUUCCAACAAUUUCCCAAAACCAAGCGAUUUCUCUUCCAC